AUGGAAAUACUACUACGAAUAUUCCGAUCUUUACAUUCCGAUAAACAACCUUUGCUACCAGUGGCAAGAGUCUGUCGAAACUUUUAUCAUAUUGUGUGCAAGUAUUUCAUUUAUCGUGAAAUUCAGUUCAAGACAUCUGAGGAGUUUUUUAAAUUUGCCAGUCACCAUUUAACCACAGAAGUCAGUAGCAAGAUCAACUAUCUUGAGACUGUCACUUUUGUCAACCCUCAAGUGAAGAAAACGUCAAACCAGAGCAUCAAUAUAGCAGGCAGUUAUGCAGUGGAGUCAAACAGUCGAACCAAGGACACAUUGAGUUAUACAGAGUUCUUAUCCACAUUGAAGAGCUUGUUCAGUCAUGCUUAUGGGUUAAAAUGUGUGCGGUUUAUUGAGAUUGCUCCCGAAUUUGCAUUUCCUUUAGAUUUCAAACAAAAAACAUCAACGAGUUUAUUUAAGCGUAAAGUGACAAAGAGGAAAAGACGGCUCGGGAAAUUGGUAUUGAGACCACAAUCGGGCUGGUCUAUUCCGCUAAAAGAUAUACACUUGUCGUUAUUUUGCGAAUAUUUUGACUCCAUCGAUGAGUUGCACUUGGUUGACUUUAUCAUUGAUCAACCCAUUAAUGUUAAUAUCAAGGUUGAGAAAGUGGUGUUUCAGUCUUGUUCAUAUUCCAUAAAAAAAGUCAAAUCACCCAGUCCAUUGUUUAAAGAUGUGUCGGUUUUGGAAUUACAAGGGCUCACCAGCUCAAUGCAACUUUCUUUGAUUGAUUUGGUCAAGCUCAACAACAAGUUGAACACAUUGAUACUUGAUUUGAACUCCAGUGUUUUUUACUUGAAUGGAGAGUUUAACUUUACCAAAUUUAAUCCCUUCUUUCGUCUCUUGUGCUCAGGAGGAGGAGGUUAUGCCAAUAUGAAGACGCUAGUGUUGAAGAAUUUCGAUUUAUUCAACUAUCUCAAACACGACGAUUUGCACGAGGAUGUUGAUUCCUGGAUAGAGCCCCCGACGAAUAACUUUGAGACGUUUAUCAAGUAUGUCUCCUUUAUCCCCAACUUGAUUAUUACAUUGAAGAAAACCCCAGUGAGAGUAAACACUUGCAAAAAAUGCGGAUUCAAGAAACAACAACUGGAUAAAUUGAUUGAAACAUUGACACGCCAAGAGUGGGAAAUCUUCUUGAAGCCAUUGGAAUUGCAAGAUAACAAUUUGAAGAUACAACUGCAUGAUGCUGUUGAUCUACACACUGUUUCAGAAUACGAUUAG